AUGCUAAUUGCUUUUAUUUAUGGGGAACACUAUGAUAAAAGUGGGUUAAAACAAUAUUUCGAGUGGUGUCUAAUUCAAAAGUGGCGGUACCAGGCUUUGGUAAAUUACAUUAUUAAAUUACGUGUUGAUGCUAGAGCACCAGGUGUUGAAGAUGCUAACGUAUGGGGUCUCGUUAGUCUAAAGAAAGGUGAUAAAAAAGCACCGAGAAAAAUCCUAAAUGAUUUUCAUAAAAAUAAUGACGUACUGGAUGAGUCUAAUGAGGUUCAGGAUGCUAUGCAAACUAGAAGGUUAGCCUUCCGAGGAGUCAAACGACAGUUAAAUCUCUGGAAAGGUCCAGUGCACAAAAAUCGCCUAGCAGAACAAAUAAUUUUUCCAAUAAAUGACAAGGAAAUUACGUUAUCAGGAUCUCAGGAGGCUGCAAAAAUGAAAGAGCAGCUUCUAAUUAAAGACCUUAAGAAAAAUUCAACAAACUUGCAGGGAAAGUUAUACAGUGCUUUGUACAAGAAUGAAGACACAAGUAUUUCUAAGGAUAAACCUGAUAAAGCGUCGAAAAUGGUAUCCAAGAUGCUACUUGAAAAAAUCGCUAUGCGUGAAAGAGAACGUUUCUUGCUCGCUCGAGUAGCCGCUCGUAAUAAACGUCAAAAUAAAAUCAAAAGCAAACGAUUUCACCGUCAUUUAAAAGGUCGUACAAUGAAGGAGUACGAGAAUGAGACUGAGUCCCUGCGGCUUAUGAAUCCGAAAGAAUUUGCCAAGCGUCUCGUCAGUGCAGAACUUAAUAGAGUUAAGGAAAGAGCUAGUCUUAAACACAGGGGUGGUAGUAAGUUUGCAAAGUUGCAGAAGUUGAGAGCUAAGUACGACUCUGAGGCUAGGGCAGCUGUAGCAGAUAUGCAUGAGCUAUCCCGAGAGGUUACACGAAGACCUGAUCCACACAUGCUGUCAGAUACUGAUGAAUCCGAUGUGUCAAUCUCUUCAGAAUCUGAAGGCGAGUCAGAAGAGUCUGAUUUCAAUUUAGACGACGAUAAUGAGGAUGACAGUGGUGUUAAUGGUAAUGUAAAUGGAGUAAUUCAGACUUUUGGGUGGUGGAAAAAGGGAUCAGCUAAAAAUAAACCAAAUGAUACAUUUCGUCCAACUGUUGGAGGAGCAUUACUUUCUACUGAAGCAGCUGAAAAAGUGUUGGAAAAAUCUGAGGUCAACAAAAUAGUUUUAACUGAACCUUCAGUAUGUAAUACUGAUACUGUGGUUGAAGAAUCAGAUGUAGUGGAUCCUAAUUCAGAAGGGUUUUUCCAUGCACUCCAAGAAAGUUUUGCAAAUGAUCCAGCUUUACAACAGAAAUUUUUAGCAGAAAAAACUGAAACGGCUAAAAGUGAAGCACCUCAAGAUAUCGAUACGUAUUUGCCUGGAUGGAAUUCUUGGACUGGUCCAGGAACUGAAGCGGCUGAUGAAAGGAGACGGAAAGCUAGAAUUAUACCUGCUCCUAAGGUAAAACGUGAAGAUGACAAGAAAUCACAUGUGAUCAUCAAACGGCGUUUGAAUCAAGAUUUCAAGCAACAUUUGGUGAAAUCAAUUCCGUUUCCAUACAGUACACCAGAGCAAUUUGAAGCAUUCGUAUCCCAACCGAUUUGUAGAGAGUGGAUUACAGAAUCUUCACAUCGUGAAUUAACACGUCCUAAAGUAACAGUCCAAUCUGGUCGUAUUAUUAGACCAAUAUCAAAGUCUGCGGCUUUGUUGCGUGACAGGGAUAUUGAACGUUUCAAUAAACAAAAGCCGAUUGUGUGA